AUUUCCUUACAGACCUUGCAGAACAUCUUUGAAUUCCACUAAAGUAAUUCGUGGAACGUUGUCUUUAGGUAGCAGAUAGAGAGGACCUGUUUUCUACAUAUCGAGGCGAACCUUCGACUCGAUUACAACAGCGACCAACCAGCCUAGCAACCGUUAACUCUGCAACCGCACUCUACAGCCGAACGACCAGCAACCUUCGAGUUGUAAUAUUUACUGCAGGUAUUAUACCUAUUGCCCAGCUGUUUAUUAGGUAAGUUUUCAGCCAAUUUAAAUUUCCAUAACUAACCAAACAGUUCUUUGGGACGGAGUACGCAAAGUCUCUCUGAACUCCCCCAAAUUUAUAUACUAACCUAACCCAACUUUCUCCUUUUCUUUCCUGCAUACAAUACGACCCACAGGAGUAGUUUUCGCUCUAUUUCGUAAGCCAUUCUAGAAAUGGCUACCCCCAAGAGCCCCACUCUCUUGGAAGGACUUUCCCUUGCGGAAGCUGUAACUUUGGCGAGCGAGCUUCGGUCCAAAAUAGCCAUAUUAAGGGAAUUUAUCCGUCAGCACCCCGACAACGCAACUUCAUCUCCCAUGUGCCACGACACACUAUCUGACACUUCUUCUAUCGCCCAUAACUCCCAGACUCAGUCCCAAUCAGAACCACCUUCUGUUACCGCUGAUGGCGUCAAAAAUCCCACGCUUUCAAACGGGAUUACCAGCACCACCGAACACUCCACGACCACCCGGCCUACGUCCAUCCCAGAAGAAAACCUCCCCGCUUUUAAUUUUUAUUAA